AUGGUAGAUUUGGAGCACCACGUUCGUCAAAUUCAGCUUAAUCUCAUCCAUUUUGUUGUAGCUCGCUAUCAGCGCAUGGAGGUGGAGCGAAAGAAAAUUCGCGUCCAAAAGACUGUCUCGCAACAGCCAAUGAUUCGCACUCACAGCUUCACCGUCCCCUCUUUGGCCGAUCAGCCGGAAGUCUACGAUGUCUCUGUUACUGCGGACAAGUCAGUCGCCUUCCACGUUAUCCCUGGCCUUCACUUAGGAAAUCGAGUAGAUGAAGGAUUUAACUGCAUGAACAAGGGUUGGGACUAUGGCUUACAGGACAGCAGGUCUUGGAUGUCGUUAAUGUCUUAG